AUGUCCCGCGUGUCCGCCUCGUACAAGAAGCAGGAUGGCCUUCUCGCAGUGUCCAAGGACAACAGGACUGUCCUCUGGACUCCCGCCGCACCCCCGGCCGCCCCGCCGUCGCUGACCAUCGCCGUGUCCGACAUCACCAACCUGCAGCAAACGCCUGCCACGAGCGCCAAAGUCUCCAUCAAAAUCGUCGCCACGGAAUCCUAUGUAUUCGCCUUCACCUCCCCGACUGCGCGUGAUGACCAAGUCGCCAUUACGAACACUCUCCGCACCGCCAUCGAAGCCGCCAAGGCCCGCAGCGCUGCAGCCUCAAAUGCUCCAACCCCCGUCCCGGCGCCUGACAACGCCGGCCCGCCGUCGGCUACGGCGAUUGCGAAGACCGUCUCGGGCCAGGGGAGCGCCGGUAGUGUCACAGAGAAGGGAGGCGGUGACGGCAUGUACACGGAUGAGCAGCUUUUGGGCGACGUGGAACUGCAGCGGUCGCUGCUGAGCAAGGACCUCAGCACGCAGAAGCGCUUCUAUGAGGCGCUUAAAGGCAAGCCCGAGUCCAUCUCGCACUCGCAGUUCUCGAAACAGUUCUGGUCGACGCGGGCGCACCUACUACGAGCGCAUGCAGUGCAGUUGAGCCAGCAGCACGGCCCGAUCAACGCCCUGUCGGCCAUCAAGCUCAAGAUUAGGGACGACGGCACGCCGCAGACGACACUGACGCGCGGCCAGAUCCAGACCAUCUUCAACCAGCACCCGCUGGUGCGUAAGGCGUACAAUGACCUGGUACCGCCUAUGGGCGAGGUCGAGUUCUUUGCUGCCUUCUUCGCCAGCCGGCUGUACAAGAGGCUGAAGGGAGAGAAGAUCACAGAGAUGGACCCGACAAAUCCCAAAUUCGACAAGUACCUCAACGAUACCGAGGAGAACGAAAAGGCGAAGCUAUUGAGCGUGGAGAACUUUCCCCAUUUCCUGGACAUUGAGGGCAAUGAGUCGAAUCAUAGUCAGCGCAAGGGCAACCAGCCAGACAUGACCAUGCGGCCGAGCGGGCAUGACAAGGUGCCCAUUCUGAGGAGUUUGAACCGAGUCAGUGGGCACAUGAUGGCAGACGUCUCGCCGGCAGAUGUGGACCCCCAUGCGCCAGCAGGCAUGGAUGAGGCAACUUGGGAACAGCUGCAGCUGAGGGACUUGCAACGGAGUGACGACGACAAUCGUGUCAUGCUCAAGAUCAAGGAUCAAAGGCAGUUUUUCGCCCGUGACAACAAGUCAUCUGCGGAGGCGCAGCUCUACGCAAAACAAAUGCCGUCGGAUGUUCUAAAGACGCUUCGCCGCGAACUCGAUAGCGGAAGCCUUCUAGUCGGCGGCAACGGCAUCAACCUCCAAGGUGUCAUCAACGUCGAUGACAACAGUGACAGCGACGAAGACGCCAAGAAGCCGGCUCCGGAACGGGUUGGAACCAAAGCAGCGCGCAGUGCGGCGACGACGCAGAUCCUCACCGCCAUCAAGCAGCGCCGCGCGCAGAACAACGACUUCUCCACGCCGCUGGGCACAUUCGCGGUGAUCGAGUUCGGCAAGACGGGGUACGGGCUUAGCGAGGGGUCAAUCAACGCGCUGACGCUGACGCACAACACGACGGUCGAGUUCCUGCACUACUUCUGGGCAGUGUACGGCAGCGGGGAUGCGGACCGGGCGGGCGAGCUUGGCACGCUGGUGGAGACACUGGAGCGGUCGAUCGAACGUGUCAAGGCGGUGGCGGAGGAAGCCGAGAAGGAGCGCCAGCUCACAAUGGCGGAGGCGAAGAAAAAGGCCGAUCAGCAGGCAGCGCGCACCGGCCGCCGGUCACGGUUCGACGAGCGCGCGUUCAAGGGCGGCAGGGCGGCCGUCGAGAGCGUCAUGCGUCCUACAGUCGAAGCCGUCAAGAAGGCCGUCAACACGUACAGAGGGGAGUUCAAGAAGCAGAUGGCUCUCGCGCAGCAGGCUCAGGCAGCCGCUACGGGCGGUACGGCGGUGGCGUAG